AUGUCUUUUGAGUUGAAGAAAAGAAAAUUGCAAACUUAACCUGCAGAAGUGCAAAAAUUAUUAUUAGGAGAAAGCAUGGAUUAUAGGAAUAUAGAUAUAGUUUAAUCAAAUAAACCAUUAAUUUUGAGUCCUGAUUUGAGUNAGUAUUCUACUUAAGAUAAUAAUUAUUCAUAAUAAAUUGAUAAAGAUAUACCAAGAGCAUUAAUGGGAAAUAGAUUCUUGAAUUUAGUAAGCAUAUAAUUAAACAUAGCAAGAAAAUUAAAUUAGUUUAAAAAGGAUAUUAAUGGCUUAUGCUAAUUAUGAUCCUGAAUUGGGAUAUACUCAAGGAAUGAAUAUUAUUGCAGCUAAUUUAUUAAUUUGUUAUGAUUUGAAAACAAAUGAUGAGAAAUUUUUAGAAGGUAUAUAAUAAUAAUUAAUACCUUUAAGAUGUUGAAAUAAUAGAUCCAUCAAGAGAUGAAAAUGUAUUUUAUCUUUUUAUAUAUAUAAUGGUGGAAUUAAAUUGGAGAUCAGUUUUUAUUCCUGGAUUUCCAGGUUUAAUAAGAAUGAUGAAGGUUUUGGAUUUAAAAUUUUAAAAUGAAUUGCCGUAAUUAUAUGCACAUUUUUAAGAAUCUAAUGUAGAUCUAAAUGUGUGUUUUUAAUAAUAAUAUCUAUCUUUAUUAAUGUAUGGAAUAUCUUGGGAGAUCAGUAGAAUGAUUUUUGAUUUAUUCCUUUUUGAAGGUGAAGUAAUUAUUCAUACUUUUCUGAUUGGUAUGUUGAAAUAUUGUCAAGAUAAUCUACUAAGAUUGAAAACUUUUGAAGUAUUAAAAUAAUAUAAUCUUUAGGAAAUAACAAAAUUUUGUAAAAGUGAAAUGAUAAGAUAAUUUUAUGAGUUAUUUUCAAUUAAAUUUGUAGGAAACAAAGAUUUUUCAACUAUCCUAUUAAAUUUAGGCUUUAUUAAAGUUUAAGGUUAAAUAGUACCUCCUUAACCUGUGUCUCCUGUUAAAUAAGUAAAGUAGAACAAUAAAUUUGAAAUCUGGAAAGGAACUUUCCUUAAGAAUUUUUUCUAAAAAAAGAAAUGA